AUGGACAAUAAUCUCCUCGAGAGCCUUCUUGAUCUAGAGGAAGAUUUUUACAAAGAAGGCUUCGGCCUAGGAGCAGCGGAUGGCGCAGAGGCCGGAUACACAGAAGGAAGUGUAUUUGCGGUGGAAAAGGGAUUCGAAAAGUUCAUCGAGUUAGGAAAACUCUAUGGCAAAGCGCUGGUUUGGGCUCAGAGGCUUGAGGAUAUGAAACAGAACGCACAUGAGACACUUCCGAAUCCCGAAUCAAUCACUGAGCUGUCAGAAGAAGAGAGCACUCUGAGGCCCUCCGUCUGCAAGGGAAUGGCGAAAUUCCCACAUAGCUCUCGGCUCGCAAAAAAUCUCGACACACUUCUUGAACUGGUCGAUCCGGCAUCACUCCCCAUGCAGAAUACGGAGGAGGCUGUCACAGAUGUGGACGAACGUCUGAAGGGUGCCAUCAUAAAAGCAAAACUCAUUCAGCGUGCGUUUGGAGAGCGCGAGGAGCCAUCGGAUCUCCAUCCUGACGCCAAAAGUGGUCAGGUUUCUGGUGACGGUACUGGUAGUAUCGAAGAUAUCAGCUCCCUCAGCAUCAGACAUUGA